GCUGGUCCUCCAUCAUGCUGCUGCUGGUUGUGUUGCCACCGCUGCUGCUCCUGCGUGGAUGCUUUUGUCAGGCGUCAGACGUUCCCGAAGACGUGACGGCAGAGUUCUCCGUCCGCCUCUACCACCAGCUCCAGAUCAGCAGCGGGGAGGAGAACAUCAUCUUCUCUCCGCUCAGCGUGGCUCUGGCUCUGGGCAUGGUGGAGCUGGGCGCCCGCGGCUCCUCUUUACAGGAGAUCAGACAGGCCGUGGGCUACAGUCACUUCAGAGAAGAUGAAGAGUUCUCAUUGCUGAGAAACCUGAGCCAGGCACUGUCCACAGAUGAGGAGCAGUACGUGGUCCGUCUGGCCAACUCGCUGUUCCUGCAGUCGGGGGUCCACUUCAAUGAAGACUUCCUGCAGCUCAUGAAGAAGUACUUUAGAGCCGAGGUGGAGACGGUGGAUUUCAGCCAGUCCACAGCCGUCGCUGAACGCAUCAACUCCUGGGUGCUCAACCACACCGAGAGCAAAAUCCAGAAUCUGGUGUCAGCGGAGGACUUCAGCAGCUCCACCAUGAUCAUGCUGGUGAAUGCGGUCUAUUUCAGGGGCAGCUGGAAGAACCAGUUCAGGCCAGAAAACACCAGAACUUUCUCCUUCACCAGAGAUGACGGCAGUGAAGUGCAGACCCUGAUGAUGUACCAGCAGGGGGACUUUUACUACGGUGAGUUCAGCGACGGCACCACAGAGGCUGGUGGAGUUUACCAGGUGCUGGAGAUGCUCUAUGAGGGCGAAGACAUGAGCAUGAUGAUCGUCCUGCCCCGUCAGGAGGUUCCUCUUGCCUCGCUGGAGCCCAUCAUUAAAGCGCCGCUGCUGGAGGAAUGGGCCAACAACGUCAAGAGGCAGAAGGUGGAGGUUUACCUGCCCAGAUUCAAGGUGGAGCAGAAGAUUGAUCUGAGAGAGUCUCUGCAGCAGCUGGGCAUCAGGAGCAUCUUCAGCAAAGAUGCCGAUCUGUCGGCCAUGACGGCUCAGAUGACAGACGGACAAGAUCUGUUCAUCGGGAAAGCUGUUCAGAAGGCCUAUCUGGAGGUGACGGAGGAAGGGGCAGAAGGGGCCGCAGGAUCAGGUAUGAUCGCAUUGACCAGGACGCUGGUGUUGUACCCACAGGUCAUGGCUGAUCAUCCCUUCUUCUUCAUCAUCAGAAACAGAAAAACAGGAUCCAUCCUCUUCAUGGGCAGAGUUAUGAACCCUGAACUCAUCGACCCCUUCGACAACAACUUUGACAUGUAAAAACCAAGCGUACGCAACGUGACACUGAAUUCAUGCUUCUCAUCCACGAGCCGCAUCUUCACUGAAACAAGCUCAUCACAGCGCCAUGGUUUUAUAAACGCACCAGAAAAUAUUAUACGAACGGGAUAUUUAUAUUACGAAAAAGUGAUUGUGUUUUGAUACUUGUAAGCUUUAAGCGCAGCAGGAAACCCAGAGCUGUAAAUAUCUGAAGUCUCCAUCACGUCUUACUCCACACCAGCGUCAUUCAGUCCUGUAACUCCUCUAAUGUAUAUUUGCUAUUGUGUUCCGUAGAGAAACCUUGAUAUUUAUUGCAAGAACGUGUGCACUUUUCUAUAUAUAGACUCACUUAAAGGCAGAAUUCAUCCAAAAGAUAAACCAAUUUACUCAUCCUCAACUCAAACUUGAGUUUCUCAUCAUGUUGAACACAAAAGAAGAUAUUUUGAAGAAUGUUGGAAACCACUGGUAGUAUUUGUUUCUUGUAUGGAUGUCAAUGGAUUUACACAUUCUACAAGAUAGUUUCCAUUUGUGUUCAACAGAAGAAAGAAACUCUUGAGUUUGGAAUAGGGGUGUAAAGAUGAACCAAAGAUCUGAAUCACUUCAAAUAUGAAAAAAUACUAUAUUGAAUAUGCUGUCAAACUGCACUUUUCACUACAUUGAUGUCCAUUCAGAUGCAUCUGAAUAUGCCAGAGCGGAGAAGUUCGGCAUU